AGGCUAUAGCUAUACAAACAGCUUGGACCAGCCAGCCCAUGUAACCGCCAACAAGUCAAUAAGCUUUUAAUCUGUAACUAUCCGAUUUUCCCGCCUUCUACGUACCUCAACUCUGCUGUCUCCAAUUUCCUUAUUUACUCACCAUUGUUUCUUCCUUCCCAAUCUCCCCUUCUUCUUCUUCUUCUUCUUCUUCUUCCUCGGGCAACUGCCAUGUAUCUCCCUCCAUCUCACUUCUUUAAUCAAAUCAAAUCACAUUUCUUUCUUCCUCUUUCUUGAUCCUUCUCUGCUAAUUCUCCAAGAAAUAAAGACGGAGGCGGAAAAGAAUAUAGAAAGAUUCAAAGAAACAGAGAUGGGGAGCCACAUUAACACGGAGAUGCAUGUAUUGGAGAUCAACUUGAUCUCAGCCCAGGGGCUUAAGGAGCCGGCCGGUAACCUGCGCCGGAUGCAGACUUACGCGCUCGCUUGGGUCGAUCCUUCCAACAAGCUUCGGACUCGAGUCGACAUGGUUGGGGGCGACAACCCUACCUGGAACGAUAAGUUCUUUUUUCGAGUUAGUCCCGAGUUUCUCUCCAGCGAGACCUCAGGCGUCUGCAUCGAAAUCUACGCCGUUGGUUGUCUCCGGGACCAACUCAUCGGGUCCGUUCGUUACCUAAUCAGCAACUUGGUUCCGUCGGGCGGCUGUCCCCCCGAUGCCAUGGAUAUGAAGUCUCCUUCCUUCGUGGCGCUCCAGAUCCGCCGCCCUUCUGGAAGGUUCCGAGGGGUCCUUAACCUCGGUGCUAUGGUGAAUGACGGCUCUGAAUUCUCCUCGAAAAUGAGCGAAUUGUCGGCGAUCGGGUACCGGGACCUCAUGGUACGGCGGCGGCGGCGGGAACGUCGGUUGGAGAAGUCGAUUUCAAUGGUGACGCAUACCUCAUACGGUGCCCUGAGUGAGGGUUCUCGGGAGAAUUCGUUCACGUCGGCGAGCGAUCACUCGGACGGUGGUGAUUCGACAACUUCCUCUCCGAAGCCGGCAUCGUCGCCAUUGAAGGACUGGAAUAGGUUUCGAAACUUGGCGGGAAAAACUCAUAUGAGAUCAUCAUCAGACGGUGGAGGCAUGCUGUGCUGUUUCUUGGUGCAGAAAAAGAUGGUUGUCAAUGACGCGUGAUCAUGAGGUUUGUGUGGGCUUGCUUCUUUCUUUCUUUCUGUCAUACGAAAAGAAAAAGAAAGACAUGUUAAUUGCAUAAAACGAAUAGAUGAUGGAACGGUGUGCACCGUUGAUUAACUGCUUGAAGUAGUCGUAAUAAACGGUGGAGAUGAGUUUGACUUUUUUUCUAACGUGGUUGUAGUUGUACUGGAAGAGGAAGGAGGAGGCAUAAAUGUACAAAUUUCAUUGGUUAUGAGUAAAACCUAAACUUGAUUUGACAUUCAAUUAACGCAUUUUAAAUCCAAUAACUCAUUGGAAGGCUAUUUUAUUUUUCCCCUUGAGAUUAAUUAUUGUUUCUAAGAAAGUAAAAAAGAGUAAGAAAAUCAAACAUGGUAAGCGGAGAGUCAAAAUGUAGAUACUGUUCUAUGUAUGUAUAGAUAUACAUGUAUGUAUAGAAUGAGAGAGAGAGAGAGAGGUGUCGAGUUAUAGAUUGGGGUUGGCAGCGUUAUAGGCGAGUUGCAGCAGGUAGCUCAGCAAAU